UUGUUUUCAUAGUCCUAUUUAUUUUAAUCGAAUAUACUUGUUAUUAUACAAACAUAUCGCAUAUAACAAACCGAUAAGGGUUGUAGCAAAUCAUAUUUCAACUUGGAAGGUUUGAACAUUUGUAUUUUUAAUUGUUAUCGAUAUGAUGGACAUUGCUUGGCUAUUAGUUUUAUUUUCAGUCCUACAAGUUCUUCAAAUAAAUGCAUCGACAUAUUCUGAAAUCAGCUCUCUUUAUCAUACAUUGACGACUGGAUACAAUAAAUAUCUGCGACCUCAAGCGGAUUAUUCGAAAGCAGCACACCUCUACAUCUCAAUGAAUAUACUUAAUCUAAAGGAAAUAAAUGCUGUUGAUGGAACUGUUACAAUAUCCGUUUAUUUCACUUUACAAUGGGACGACUUCAACUUGAAAUGGACGCCGAGUAGCUUCAACAACACAGAGUAUGUAGUGAUACCAACAGACCAAAUCUGGAAACCACCACUUAUUAAUUCCAAUACCGCUAAGGAAUUCAGCAUGUUUGGCAAUUCAGAUUCAUAUGUUAUAAUACAUAACAGUGGAAUAGUUACUUGGCAGCCAGGCCAUCAGUUGGAAUUCUCAUGUAAUAUAGACACGACAUAUUUUCCUUUCGACACACAGAAAUGUACGCUGGAUGUAAUAGCAUGGGGGUACAAUAUGGGUGAUAUUUAUUUCACACCAACCCGUUCAAAUAUAGAUACAAUACAUUAUGUUGAGAACAGUGAAUGGGAGAUGACAUUUACUUCCGUUUUAUCAGAAGAUGGUCCGCCUCCAAACACAAAAUUUACAAUGUAUUUAAAGCGACGUCCAUUAUAUUUGAUCAUUAAUUUGAUAUUUCCAGUAAUUCUAUUAGCACUCUUUAAUAUAACGGUAUUUCUUUUACCACAAGAUUCAGGAGAACGUGUUGGAUUCGCAAUCACCCUGCUGCUUUCUAUUGUUGUAUUUUUAACAAUUGCGCAAGGACUUCUUCCAGCUACUGCGCAACCAAGACUCUCCGCCAUUUGCAUAGUGCUAAUCUUGAAUAUGGUAAUGAGUGGUAUGAUAACUGUGUCUGUUAUUGUAAGCGGGUGGAUUUAUUACAAACCAGAAGAUUAUGAUGUACCAAACUGGAUUAAAAAAGUUAUUUGCUUUAAACUGUACCAUCGAUUCACUAAUACAAAUCAGGUACAUGUGAUUAAUGUUCAAAAUGAAAAGACAAUAGACAAACCACCAAUCGACGGAGAUGAAUCAAAAGUUACUUGGCAUAUGGUCGCUAAAUACUAUGACAGGAUUUCGCUCAUAUUUUAUGUUAUUUAUUUUGUGUGUUGCCAUGUCUCUUACGCUAUUGAUAUUGUAAAAGGAGAAUGAUUUUAUCCAAAAAAAAAUUUCUGUCGUUUUAAAACUGUAAAUAAUCAGAGGUAUUUCUGCAAAAUGUCAAUUUACGAAAACUUUUACCUAAACGUUAAAUAACUUGGUGUACUAAAACAUGCUAUAUUUUGUAUAUUUUUUCAAACUGUAGUAUUAAUCAUGCUAUGUAUUAUA